GUACUGGGGAAACCCUGCGCGUCUCACAAGUGGUCGACUGGUUCAUCUGGAGGAAUUUUUACGCACGCACCAAAACUUCUGGCUGCGGGACGGACUGCGCGUUUCGAGGCUGUGACUGGAACCCCCACGGAAGUACCUACGGCACGUUUCCUCACAUGAGCGGAGCGGACCGGACCCGUGCGCAGAGCGGACCCACACGCUGACCUCAGCCGAGUUGAGUGCGAGCGGGUCGGGCUAUGGCUGUGCGCUCCAGGACGGGGUACUACCGGCAGGAGGUGAACCGGACGGUGUGGGAGGUUCCGGAGAGGUACCGGGACCUGAAGCAGGUCGGGACAGGCGCCUACGGGACAGUGAGCUCGGCGUGGGACCGCCGCACUGGGAUGCAGGUGGCCAUCAAGAAGCUGCACCGGCCCUUCCAGUCCAAGCUGUUCGCCAAGAGGGCGUACAGAGAGCUGCGGCUCCUCAAACACAUGAAGCAUGAGAAUGUGAUUGGCCUGAUGGAUGUUUUCACCGCUGAGAUCUCGUUGGACCGCCUUCGAGACUUUUACCUGGUGAUGCCGUUCAUGGGCACGGACCUCGGCAAGCUGAUGAAGCUGGAGAGGUUGACCGAGGACCGGGUGCAGUUCCUCAUCUAUCAGAUGAUGAGAGGACUCAAGUAUAUCCACUCCGCAGGGAUCAUCCACAGGGACCUUAAACCUGGGAAUUUAGCCAUUAACCCGGACUGUGAGUUAAAGAUUCUUGACUUUGGCCUGGCGCGGCAGGCGGACACUGAGAUGACCGGCUACGUGGUGACGCGCUGGUACCGAGCGCCCGAGGUCAUACUGAACUGGAUGCACUACACGCAAACAGUUGAUAUCUGGUCUGCAGGCUGCAUCAUGGCAGAGAUGCUGCUGGGAAAGCCGCUGUUCAAGGGAAGCGAUCACCUGGACCAGCUCAGAGAAAUCAUGAAGAUCACAGGAACCCCGGCGGCCGACUUCGUUGUGAAGCUGCAGAGCCAAGAUGCCAAAAACUACAUCAGAAGUCUGCCCAAAGUACCAAAGAAAGAUCUGGAUGUUAUUUUCUCCAAAGCCAGCUCCAAUGCCGUGUGCGUCCUGGAGAAGAUGCUGCUCCUGGACCCUGAGCGGAGGGUGAGCGCCUCCGAGGCCCUGGACCUGCCUUUCUUCAGCGAGUUCAGAGACACAGAGGAGGAGACCGAGGCGCUGCCCUACGAUCAGACCAUGGACAACACGGACCUGCCGCUGGACCAGUGGAAACGUCACACCUUCACAGAGAUUCUGACCUUCAGACCGACCAGGGACUCGAAGGAGACGUCACUUUAAGAGCACACAUGCGCACGCACACACACACACACACACACACACACACACACACACACACUUACACUCAAAGUUGCACAAGCUACCACUUAAGAACAUGCGAAUAUAUUCUGGACUUUUUUGUAUUUUUGUAGAAAUUAUGUUGUUGCAGUGAUGCAAUUUGUUUUUUUAUCUUUCAAUAAAUGUGAAAUGG